CCUAAGUCACGUGGUUCCCCACAGCGAAAGCCUCGUUCGCUGCGGCUCCUCAGCGCAAUCAGCGAGGUUGAGCCUGGGAUGAGAGAUGCAACUCAGAAAGGCACGUCUGUCGAGGCAAAGUUAUGGCACGGUCAUCCUCGGAGGAACAGGUCCUGCACCAUUUUCUCUCUGCCAAAAAGUGCAUCAGUGAUGACGUGCACGCUUUUCUGGAACGCACAACUCCGGAGCGAGAAAACCCCAAAUUACGCAUCAAAUCCAACUAAUUGAAUUCGGAAGUGAAGCGCGUCAAAAACACAGAGGGAUUCCAGCGGCCUGGCGUAUCAACCUGGAAACCGAGCGACACAAACACCUCUACGUGAGAUUUCAUUCGACACUUCAAAUCCCACAGAGAAAGGUACAAAGUUAAUCUUGAUGCAGCCAUAGUUCCCCUCCAUCCAGCGUGAGGAUGACACUCAGAGAUUAGGACUUCUGACCCUAUUCAUCACCUCUGCAGCCAGCAGGCAAACGACCAAACCAACAGUGAGACUUUCUUAGUGCAACUGAGUGACACAGCCAUGAACCUCUUCAGGAAGGAUGCCAUGAACACAAAGAAGGAGAAGGAGAAGGAGAUCCAAUAUGAGGAUCCUCCAGAUGGAGGCUGGGGCUGGAUGGUGGUGCUGCAUUGCUUCUUGGUAAAUGUGCUCGUGAUGGGAACACUAAAGACCUUUGGGAUUUUUUUUGUGGCAUUCCAAGAUGAGUUUGAAGGCUCUGCGGAGAGCAUCAGUUGGAUCGGUUCCAUCAUGUCCAGUAUGCGGCUGUCUGGAGCACCCAUGGCCUCAGUGGCAUGUGCCAAGCUUGGAACCAGGGUGACCUCCAUCAUUGGAGCAGUACUGGUUAGUGGAGGCUUCCUCUUAAGUAUUUUCGCAACCUGCGUGGAGUUCCUGUACUUCAGCAUGGGAGUGAUAGUUGGAAUGGGUUUCGCACUACUAUACCAGUCCUUCUCAGUGGUCACCGCUCUGUACUUUCGAAGGAGGUUAGCAACAGCGUAUGCAAUUGGACGGUCUGGAAUGGGUUUGACCUUUGCCCUCGCCCCGUUUACUCAGCUGCUUCUGGACCGAUAUUCUUGGCAAGGGGCGUUGCUGAUUCUUGGUGGUCUCAUGCUGAACCUGGUGGCCUCUGCCAUGCUUCUGCGACCCAUCAAUGUGAAGCCUCCAGUGUCAAACUCUACCUCGUCUCCCAUCCAAAAGAGCCCCACUAUGUCUAUCAAGAGCACCUCAGAGAAGGAAUACACCAAGACCAGCUUGAAUGGCUCCUCUCACUUAUCCAAUGGCAUCUCCCAGUCAGACUUAUUCCCGUCCCCUCCUCCUCCUCCUCACAGGGACACUGAGAACCUUGGGAAUGAAUGUACUCAGGGACUCCAGUCAUUGAAGCCUGAACUGACCAGACUGGUCCUCAGUGGUGUGAAUGGCCAUGAACCUCACCAUGACGUGGGUCAGUGUAAACCCACAUCUCCUGACAGCUCAGCUGAGCUCAAUGGAUACAAGAAUGGUUCCACCAAUAAUGGAUUUCCCUCACAUGCCAGCGUACCCAGUGAGGUGAAAGUCAAAAAAGCCAAAGUACUUGAUUUCUCCCUACUUAAGGACCCGUUCUUUUGCAUCUACACUUGGUCAGUAGUUUUCAGCCAGCUGGCGUACUUCAUCCCCUAUUUCCACCUUUCUGCCCGAGCCAGAACCUUGGGCAUCGAUGCCAUGGAUGCAUCUUUUAUCAUCUCUGUGGCAGGUAUCACAGAGACCAUCGCCCAGUUAGCCUCAGGCUGGGUGACAGACAGGAACCUGUUUCAUAAAUACCACUACCACAAAGCAUACCUGAUACUCUGUGGCCUGGUCAACCUGCUCUCCCCUCUGGCAGAUUCCUACAUCCUGCUGAUGGUUUAUGCUGUCUUUUUUGCCGUCUUCUGUGGCGGCUACAUGGCUCUGCUGCUGCCUGUUCUAGUCGAUCUCGUGGGCGCGGAGAAACUCAACAACUCCAUGGGCUUCUCCAUGUUCUUUGUUGGCCUGGGUUGCCUCACGGGGCCUCCGUUAGCAGGGUUCCUCUAUGACUACACUCAGACUUACGACUGUUCCUUCUACCUGGCUGGGCUCUGCUACCUGCUCUCCUCAAUCUCUCUGUUCUUGGAGCCACUGGCUCAGCGCUGGAAGCCCAGGAAGAAACUGGUUCAAGCCAAGAGUGCAGAGGGCAGCUGUAAGACCAACGGCUGCUUCACUCCUGACCGUCCGCAGAACGGCGUAGUGUAGGAGUAAAACCCAGGGAAAGCUUUCAAUCUUGAAUGAGCAUGAGCAUGACUAUGGGCCACAACAUGAAGUCGGAACCUGAGUGACUCCUGAUCUCUGCAAGAGACAUAGUCUGACGAGAACCAGAAUAUGACCACAGUGGCAUGAUGUCAGUGGACAAACAGUAGUCAGGGAAUGGGUGAAUAAUUUGUUUAGCUGAACUUUUGAAAAGCCAAAAUUUUAUUGUCAAAUUACAAAAAUACUUUUUCCUCUCUUUUUUCUUUUAGUUAGGGUUAGGGU